GUGCGGUGGUGAGUUGGUGUGCUGGGCAGUUGGGGAGUGGUUGUCGUUGGUGCUGCUGCUUACUAGCGUGGGAAGGCGAGUGAACAGGAAGGAUUGGAGGCCGCCACUGCAGGUUUGUUUACGGAGGCUCCAGGAGUCCAAGAGUGGCUUUCUUGACUCUAUUUACCCAGGCUAGUCCGUGAGUCACGAGUCCCAAGGGCAGACAGAAGGCCCACAGGUGGACUAAUUUUGCUCCCAGGUAAUGUUUUGUGCAUCCCAGAAAUGAGAGUUGGCUUUGCGGGGUAGGGUGGGGAAGUAGUUUCCCCCUAGAUAGAGGACUCUCUUAGAACCAGUUCUCCAGUAGUUAGUUACGCUGUUAGGUAGCAAACUCCACAUCAUUGAACACUAAGUAACAGAAUUCCUUUUAUUUCCAGUACCAUAUGGUAUUAUGCGUUACUGCCGUACUUUCAUAGAGGCAUAGGUUAGUCUCUGGGAAGCCCAAAGAAGAAGCAUUAAAUCCUACCCUGAAAACUGGAGGAAAUUUUUCUAAAGAAAGAGGUGGCAUAUGGUCUCUUGGGGUCUCUUAGUUCUCAAAUUACCCGUCAUGAGAUGUGCCUUAGUAGUAUAAACUAUGGCUUGUAUUGCCCUACGCUUCCGACAACCACUCUAAGCCUCUUUUCUGGCCAGAAGAAUGGAGCUAGUUAAGAAUGCCUGCUAAUGGGCUGGAGAGAUGGCUCAGCCGUUAAAGGCUAGGCUCACAACCAAAUAUAUAAGAAUGCCUGCUAAGUGGAGUUAAGGAAGGUUCAGUGAGCUAAUCUGAAUAAUAGUUAAAAUAGGACCUGGUGUAGUACAUCCUCAAAGGUUCAGCCUGAUAAAACUGCACAUCCUAUUUUGAGAGUAGCUUUUUAAAAGUUGGCUCCCAGUAAACCUUCUUACUUGUAAAAUUGUUUUUCUCUGUUGCCAAAUGUGAGGUUCAGAUGGGCAGAGAGGAGGCUGUAUCACUAAGAGGGCUGGUCCUCGUGCAGAGUUUGUUUCACCUUGUUUCAGUCAAGUUGGCACCGGUGCUUUCUAGUCUGGGCAAGGUCCUGUUUUUGAGUCACAAAUCAGUAAAAAUCAUAAAUUCGCCUAUCUAAUUAAGAUCUCUCAGGUCAGGCUAUGUAGGAAUCAUGUGUCUGUGAGUUUCUGUUCCUGGUAAAUGUUCUUUGUCUUUUUGGUUUGCAUAUUUGAAGCAGGUAGCAUGAGCCUGGGUGUCUUGAGCUGUAUGGACUGUUAAUCUGAGGAUGGCACUGAGGGGCUGUGAACAUGGAUUAGAAGACAGUUCACACCCUUAUAUUUGUUAACCCUAAUUGAAGUUUAGCACACUCUCCCAUUAUGAGUUCACUUGGCAAGUAUUAAGUGUUACUUUGUUAACGGCUUUAGCAGUCACAUCUUUUCAUAUCAGAAUGUUGCGAUGUGACUAUUGUUGUUCUUUGUUUUGAGAUAGGAUCUUGCCACAAAGCCAGGAUUAGUAGCUCCAAAGUAUUAGGAUUAUGGAACGGCUGGCAGGAGGUCGUUUGUCUCCUAAUUCUUAUGUAAUAAAGAGCCAUGUGUGGUUUGCUCUCAUAAGUUUGGUUUUCAUGUUUUGACCAGAUUGUUUUCCACAUCGAGCCUAUGCUAGCUUCUGUUUGUGAAUUUUCAUACUCGAUAAUAUUUAUUUGUAAUCUUUAGGAGACAUGUACGGGGCAUUGAAUCUUUGAGUCACAUGAUGCCCGUAUUCUGCCUUGUUUCUACUCUCACACUACAAGAACAUGUCUUUUCUCUGGGCUUUAGUGCCAUGCCUUCUUACUUCUGUGGUUUGUUUGUUUUUGUUAGUGAGCCUGUGGUGAAGGUGACCCUCUGGUGUGGUGUGGGAGUGAUAUCCCAUGCUCUUCUUACUCAGUGCAAGAAAGCUGUGAUGAGUCUUAGAGAGAAAAAUGAAUAUUUUAGAUAAGCUUUGUUUAGGCCAAGUUCGGUAUUAGUAAGUUACCAAUGUAUGGUCAUUCAAACAGAAUUAUAUUUAAAAAUGAAACAAAGCAAAAUAUGGUUACAUAUUGAGCAGUUGACAAAAAUGUAUCCCAGAGGCUUACAGUGGCCUACCUCUGGGUCUCCAGAGGAAUGGUUUGAUAUUGCCCAUUUAAUGGUUACCAUCAGUGGUGACUUUAUACCACAGAGAGUGAGAACAUGCUAGGUUUUCUUUCUAAUGCUAUGUAUUUUAUGUAUUUGAAAACAACCAGAGUGAAGGUUUGUAAGUUUUACAAGUCUACUGGCUAAGUGGUGUGCAAAAAAAAAUCAAGGCUUUGGGUAUGUAAAGGUACUCACUGUCUAGCUGACACCUGGGAAAGAACUGAUUUCCACAAAUUGUCCCUUGACAAUUCCUGCAGGAGAAUGGAUGAAUGCUUACAUACCCAUAAACAGUGUAUGGCUCUGUGUGUGUGUGUGUGUGUGUGUGUGUGUGUGUAAUAAAUCUAAGUUUAAUAAGAUUUAAAAAUGUUAAGUUUAAUAAAAUUAAGAACUUUAAUGAAGUUAAAUCUGUUCAUAAAAUAAGGUUGGGCCUGUGUUUAGCUAAGGCUUUGAAACCCUUGACCAAUUUGUUUCCUUGCAGCCUUAUUUACACAUCUGUAGGCUCUUCCAGCCUUACUUACACAUCUGUAGGUCUUGAAAGGCACUUUUGGUUGAGACUACUAUGUGUGUUCAUGCAUGUAAGAAUGUUGCUGUCUUGGACUCCCUUGCUUUCUAAUAUGAAGAAAAUCUAAAAUGAAGAAGGCCUGUAAUUCUGUCUCUUAGAAGGAGAAAGGAAUACAUACUAGUCACCCUCUUCAGAUUUGGGGAAAAUAAUCCAUGCAUGGAGGCAACGUGUAUUACUUGACCCCCAUGGGAGAAAUCACGUGGUAGGACUUGUGAUGGGACCCUCAGCGACUGGUCCAUAGAAAGAACUGUCUGGCCUUUAGCUCUUCAUCUUUGGUUAAGGAAAUGACCAACCAGUACAGUAUUCUCUUCAAGCAAGAGCAAGCCCACGAUGAUGCCAUAUGGUCGGUUGCCUGGGAGACAAACAAAAAGGAAAACAUUGAAACAGUGGUCACAGGAUCCCUGGAUGAUCUGGUGAAGGUCUGGAAAUGGCGUGAUGAGAGGCUGGAGCUGCAGUGGAGCCUGGAGGGACAUCAGCUUGGUGUGGUGUCUGUCGACAUCAGCCACACCCUUCCCAUUGCUGCCUCCAGUUCUCUAGAUGCUCAUAUUCGACUCUGGGACUUGGAAAAUGGCAAACAGAUGAAGUCUAUAGAUGCAGGACCGGUGGAUGCCUGGACUUUGGCAUUCUCUCCGGACUCCCAGCAUCUGGCAACAGGAACUCACAUGGGGAAAGUGAACAUUUUUGGUGUGGAAAGUGGAAAAAAAGAAUACUCUUUGGACACUAGAGGAAAAUUCAUCCUUAGCAUUGCAUAUAGUCCUGAUGGAAAAUACCUGGCCAGCGGAGCCAUAGACGGGAUCAUCAAUAUUUUUGAUAUUGCAACUGGAAAGCUUCUGCACACGCUGGAAGGCCAUGCGAUGCCCAUUCGAUCCUUGACCUUUUCCCCUGACUCCCAGCUCCUCGUCACGGCUUCAGAUGAUGGCUACAUCAAGAUCUAUGAUGUGCAACAUGCCAAUUUGGCUGGCACACUGAGUGGCCAUGCAUCCUGGGUAUUGAAUGUUGCGUUCUGUCCAGAUGACACUCACUUUGUUUCCAGUUCAUCCGACAAAAGUGUAAAGGUCUGGGAUGUUGGAACAAGGACCUGUAUUCACACCUUCUUUGACCACCAGGAUCAGGUUUGGGGAGUAAAAUAUAAUGGAAAUGGAUCAAAAAUUGUGUCUGUUGGAGAUGACCAGGAGAUCCAUGUCUAUGACUGCCCAAUUUAAACACCAGCAUCUUCAGGGCCAGUGCCUCAGACUACGCAGGGUUGAUAGGACAUUCCUCAGCUUUUUUGGCACACUUAAAGUACAGCAUAUAUUGUAGAAAUUUUGUAGAUACAAUAUAAAUUGUUCCUGUUUUAUUGGAAAUGUAACUCAUAUUUUAAUGUAAAUAAAGCAUUCUUAAUGCAA